CUGCUGCAGACGCUGCGGCCGUUUGCCUUUCGAGGGAGGCCACCAGACUUGAAAACUCGCAGCGUAAUACUCGGUUUGACGGUUUGGCAAUGAAGAACUAUGUAAAGAUCGGACCAGCGACAAUUCUGGCUGUAGUCGCCUAUUUGACAUUUUGUGCUUCAACGCUCUAUGGGGCAGAUACAUGUGAUUUCUCUGGUCUCCGUCUGGACAACGAAGUUGCCCGAGUGCUGGCCAGGCUCCCUGAAAAUCACGUGCCUGGUCCACUGGAGCUUCAGCCGUACGGGCCUGGACUUGAAGUGGCUGGAUUCUCUUUGAAGGGCCUAAACAAACUCCGUCUGUACGGACCCCUGUUUCCGUACUGCAUCAACGGAAGCCGCUUGCUACAACUAGACUUCGUCAAUGAUGGUGACAUCGUCUUAUCGUUGCCAUGGAAGGCUUGCUCAGGGCACGAAGGCCGCUUCAGCGUUCGUGCUAUGUUCUCCCGAUUCACCGCCCAAUUCCGCAUCGUCGAGUCUUCUGACGAAGGCGUGAAGCUUGAACCAAUGGGUCGCAUUGUUCCUGUCGCAACAGAAGGCCUUCGCGUUAUUGUCGAUGGUGCCGGUACUGAGGUGCGCUCCGCGUUUCAAGUGCUGAGCGCACUUUUCCCUAGCCUAGUCAAUGAAGUGUGGUACUCGCAGUUCGCGCUGGAAUUUCACAGAGCCUUGCGUAAAGCGAUCGAGUGAUUGAUGUUCCAGACAAAAUUAAAAGCCACUACACCAAAAGUACCACGUGAUACACCCGCUGAAGCACGCCCCUUAAGUGGAUGAUUGCGCAGUCUCCUUGUACUACAAUAAAAUGGCAAAAUGUACAUGGA